CCCCUGCGGAUUUUUUGGGGGGAUUCUCCCCGCACCCCCCGGCCCAGGAGGACUCCGGGGUUAUCCCAGAGGGGCAAAGCGGGAUCCGGGAAUGCCGGGGGAGCCUCGGGGCGGGGCCGGGCACAUUCCAGAGGCUCGGGAGGAGCCGCGGUUGCCGCUGGAAACGGGAAUUGCCCAACGCGCCCGGCGCUGACUCAGCCCGGGCGGGGCUCCCGCCACUUCCCCCGAACUUUUCCUUUUCUUCUUCCCGAUCCGACAAUUCCAGCCCGAGCGGAGCCGCCUGUCCCGUCCCAGCCAUGCCCACGGAGACGGAGCGCUGCAUCGAGUCGCUGCUGGCCGUGUUCCAGCGCUACGCCGGCCGCGAGGGAGAUUCCUGCACCCUCUCCAAGCGGGAAUUCCGCGCCUUCAUGGACACCGAGCUGGCCGCCUUCACCAAGAACCAGAAGGAUCCGGGCGUGGUGGACAGGAUGAUGAAGAAGCUGGACCUGAACAGCGACGGGCAGUUGGAUUUCCAGGAAUUCCUGAACCUCAUCGGGGGCAUCGCCGUGGCCUGCCACGACUCCCUGCUCCUCAAAUCCCCCAAUCCGUGACUCCAGAGCCUCCGGAUCCCCCCGGAACGUCCCAUGGAAUGCCGGAAGUGACAGAACGGUCGCGUUCCCUUUUUUCCUUCCCCCCGCUGCUUUUUGUGGAUAAAUAAAAGGUUUUAAACCCCCAG